AUGGGUGGUCAUUCACUUAUGAGUUGGCUGGCCAACUAUGAUGUUGUUGAAGACCCAUUUUGCUUCACAAACCAAAUAGUUCCUCCUAUGGAUUAUUUGAGUGGAAUGAACGGGUACGAUCCAUUUGAUUGGCAAUACGAAUGGACGCUCCCACUAGUACAAGACUCUUUUCUUGAUGCUGCUGUUCCUUUCAUGGAUCAAAGCUGUUUGAAUCUUGAUCCUCUUUACUCUUCCCUUGAUAUUCAACCAAUCCGAAGUGUGUUUCAAGGUGAUGAAAUUGUUUUGGGAAAUGGAAAUGGGGUUUGUAAUGAUUUGUUCGGUGAAUUAAUGGAGCCUAGCAAUAAAAAAAAAAAACAAAUACAGCAUCAACCUCCAUUGCUGAUGUGCAAGAAUGAAGAAAAUGGCAGUGCUGAGAAUGAUUUGGAGGACGAGAGGAAGCUGACUAGUAAAAGGUCUCACCUUAGCACAAGGCUCAGAUCAUCAAACUCCAUGUCGCUCAACUCAUCAAAAAUGUUGUCCAGGGAAACAAUAUCAAACUACUUCUACAUGCCUAUAACUCAGGCAGCCAAGGAACUCAAUGUAGGUUUAACCCUUUUGAAGAAAAGGUGUAGAGAGUUGGGGAUUCGCCGGUGGCCUCACCGGAAGCUGGCCAGUCUCCAAACCCUAAUCAGAAACAUUCAGGAGUUGGGAAAUGAGGGGGAGGAGAGUAAGGAGAAGCUUCGAAAUGCAAUAGAGUUGUUGGAGAGGGAGAGGAAGCUGCUGGAGGAAGUGCCCGACAUGCAAUUGGAGGACCAUACCAAGCGAUUGAGGCAAGCUUGUUUUAAGGCUAAUUACAAGAAGAGAAAGAUCAUGGAGAUGAAUAAUAUGGAUCAAUCACAAUCCUCUUUCAUCUGCAGCAACAAUGAAAUUCACGAAUAUGCAAGUACUAUGGAUGAUGAUCAUGAGGAAGAUGAAGAAAUCAAGUCUCUUUUAUCUGACUCUUUUUCCUCAUCAAAUACCAACAACACAUGCCUGUUCUAG